AAAAGCAUAAAACUAUUGACCCUCCUACUCUACAACCUCUAUCCGUCCACUAAAGCCUAUUUUAUUACUCCACUUUUCUCCUACGUUUGUAAAUUCCCAUUUUCUUUUCUUCCAAAAAUCCCAUCAGUUUCAGGAACAAUGGGGUCCUUCAACUGGGUCUCUUUGAUUUCAAUCAUUUUCAUGCUUGUAACAACGCCCAUACUCUCUGCUUCCUCUCUCAGCUCAGAUGGGCAGUCGCAAAUUCCCUCAAAGUUCCUCAAUUUCGCCAAGAAAGGGGAGGUUUUUGAUUGGAUGGUCGGAAUCAGAAGGAAAAUCCACGAAAACCCAGAACUGGGUUAUGAGGAAAUCGAGACUAGUAAGCUGAUUAGAGCAGAAUUAGAUAAGUUGGGAAUUCCCUACAAAUAUCCUUUAGCGAUUACUGGUGUUACCGGCUAUGUUGGCACCGGAAAACCGCCUUUCGUUGCAAUUAGAGCGGAUAUGGACGCUCUUUCUAUGCAGGAAAUGGUGGAGUGGGAGCACAAGAGCAAAAUCCCUGGAAAAAUGCAUGCUUGUGGGCAUGACGCUCACGUGGCAAUGCUUCUUGGUGCCGCCAAGAUCCUCAAAGAACAUGAGAAAGAGUUACAAGGAACUGUUGUUCUUGUAUUCCAACCAGCAGAGGAAGGAGGCGGUGGGGCUAAAAAGAUGUUAGAUGCUGGAACUCUAGAGAAUGUUAAUGCAAUAUUUGGAUUGCAUGUGGAUCCUAAGUUAGCUUUAGGUGAAGUGGCAUCUCGAAGUGGUCCAAUGUUGGCCGGGAGUGGCUUUUUCGAGGCCGUUAUAAGUGGAAGAGGGGGUCACGCAGCCCUUCCGCAACACUCCAUUGAUCCAGUACUUGCUGCUUCAAAUGUCAUUGUCAGCUUACAACAUCUUGUUUCUCGUGAAGCCGAUCCACUGGACUCGCAGGUAGUGACAGUUGCAAAAUUUCAAGGAGGUGGUGCGUUCAAUGUCAUUCCAGAUUCUGUUACGAUAGGUGGUACUUUUCGCGCCUUUUCAAAGGAGAGCUUUAUGCAACUCAGACACCGUAUUGAGGAGGUUAUAACAGGGCAGGCCUCAGUGCAGAGGUGCAAUGCUACUGUCGACUUCCUUGAAAAUGAGAAACCCUUCUUCCCUCCGACCGUGAACCAUGAAGACUUGCAUGAUUACUUCAGGAGGGUAGCUGGUGAAUUGCUCGGCAUACAUAAAGUCAAAGACAUGCAGCCGCUAAUGGGAUCAGAGGACUUCUCUUUCUACCAAGAGGCAAUUCCGGGAUACUUUUUCUUAUUGGGAAUGGAGGAUAAGACCCUUGGAAAGCUUGAAUCAGUGCACUCGCCCUUCUUCCAAAUCAAUGAAGACGUAUUUCCUUACGGCGCGGCGCUUCAUGCUGCGCUGGCUGCUAGCUAUCUGUCCGAAUUCCAACAUGAGGUUCCUAUACCGGAAGGAGAAUAUCAUGAUGAACUGUAGUCGGUUUUGUGGCUGUUUCUCAGAAUGAAAUGUACAUCAGUGCAAAGAAAACUGAAUGUGUUUUUUUUUUUUUUUUUUUUUUUUGGGUAUUAGAUUCUUUUUCAUGAUGUGGGUUUCAUUGCUAUUUUUCAGAAUGAGUUGUACUUCAAAUACCACUGAAUCUUCGUAGUGUAAGAUUCGUAUCAUGCAUUCUGCAUUAGUUGGUACUUUAGGGACUUUUUAAACUACGAACCAAUACGAUUACCGGAUUUAGUCUUCGAUUCCUUCUCAGGCUGGGCACAAUAUAUGUAUAACUGAGGAUAGGAAUUUGCAUAGCGAGGUUUUAACCUUUCGAACCCGCUCAAUGAGUUUUGCAGUUUGGACACGGGAUAUAUAUGAUAAAAGUUGGUUAUUGAUAAAAUGACGAUUGAAAAUAUUCAUGCUUUAUGCCAAACUUUUUAAGAAUUUAUAUGCUUUCGUGGCUGUCCAGAAUUGUGGUAUCUGGUCGGUG